AUGAAUGUGACCGGGAACGAGCAAUUGGAUAGCUGGAUCGUAGUCGACUAUUAUGACAAGGAGCGUAAACCUUUGCCUGCCAAUGCAGCCUUUGCUGUAUCAUCGCAGCCUGAUGGAAGUCCUGGUAUGAUGACCUAUGGUGGUGAUGGUGCAAAUGGCGUCAGAGAUUUUGGAACUGCACUCUUUUACAACGCAGAUGCGGGAUCAUGGCGUACUUUGCGUUCGAAACCCCAAUCAAGAUACACUGUUGAAGUGCCAGCAGUCCUUGACAACAAUCAAACAGUAUGGAUAUGGGGUGGCAAGUCCCAUGACCAAGAUCAAGUUGCAGAGCCAGAGACCAUGGUUGUUGUUGACAGGGAUCAGGAAAUGAGUACCAGGGAAACGGUGUUUCCUGCAGACUUGUAUGGAAGAAGAGGUCAUUCGGCUGCUUUGGGUGCUGACGGAUACACAAUUUAUUACUUUGGUGGAUUGAAAGGCACAUCAGAACGACGCCCACUGGAUAAUAGCUACUUUGGAUUUAACGACAUCUCCAUGGAUGAAAUCCUUGUAUUCGACACUCAUAACUUGACAUGGACAAAACGCACAAGCAAUGGCUCUAUCACCCCAUCUCCCCGGUAUUUACAUACAACGACACAAAUCCCAGGCACCAACACUAUCCUGCUUUAUGGUGGAAGACGUUUUGGCACCAAAGAUCCAGUUGAUGAUUUCUGCUACAUGUAUGACACAGAGAGUAACGAGUGGACAAAGGUUGAUCUAUCAGCAUCUGUUGGCGCCGGGCCACGAUGGGGCCAUUCAGCGGUACUUUACGAGAACAAUCGGCUAUUCAUUCUUUUUGGGGUUAAUAUCGAUGGCGUCGCCACGGACGACUUUUAUGUCCUCGACGUCAACAAGAAACAAUGGGAAAAGGGCGUCGGUGGAAUGAACACGCAUUGUUGCAGCAAAUCAGGAGGUGCAGCGAUAAUACAAGGGAGAAGAUCGAAAAGUGGCGUCAUUGUUAUAGCAGUGAUGAUGAUACUACUACUUGUUGUAUAA